UGCAUGGUUUAUCGGACAGAGAUGUCGCAGCUGCAUCUCGAUGGAAAAUAUGUAAUUAUAUACAUUGAAAUGAUAAGAUAAGGUACGAAAAAAGUAAAAUGAUCUUUGAUUUUGAAGACACAGAAAAAUCAAGAUGGAGCUUAAAUGUGCAGUUCAGACGUAUGAUUGGGGAAAACCUGGCAUUAACAGUAUCGUUGCAGACUUGAUGAAGACAGCUAAUGCUGAUUUUGUAUUGGAUGAGAAGAAACCAUAUGCAGAAUUAUGGAUGGGUACUCACAAGAAUGGUCCAUCGUAUCUCAAAGAUACAGGAGUUUCUUUACAAAAAUAUAUCCAGGAGAAUACCAAUGUAUUAGGUAGUAACAUAGAAACACAAGACUUUGGUACUGACUUGCCCUUCCUCUUCAAAGUUUUGUCUAUAAAUAAAGCUUUGUCCAUUCAAAUACAUCCAGAUAAGGAGAAAGCAAAAGUGUUACACAAACUGUUUCCAGACAUCUACAAAGAUCCAAACCACAAACCAGAACUUGCGAUAGCUCUGACUCCUUUUAAAGCGCUUUGUGGAUUCCGUCCACUCAACGAUAUAAAGAAAUACCUGGAAGAGAUACCAGAGUUAUGUGACGCAGUAGGAGAGAACAAUGCUCACCUGUUAUUAAAAACCAAUGAUUCCUUGAUCACUGAUGUUUUAAGAAAGUGUUUUCUUGUCCUUAUAAGUCGCGAUUCUGUGAUGCCUCAGAUUACGCAAUUGUUAGAACGAUUGAAGGGAAAAGAUGAAGCUUACAAGAAGUCACUAAAUUUCGAUUUACUGCAACGUUUGCACACUGAUUUUCCCGGUGACGUGGGCUGUUUUACAGUGUAUCUGUUAAAUUACAUUACCUUGCAGCCAGGCGAAGCGAUAUACAUCCCACCAAAUGUAGUUCAUGCAUAUCUCUCUGGUGAUUGCGUAGAAUGUAUGGCAUGUUCGGACAAUGUUAUGAGAGCUGGAUUGACACCGAAACAGAAGGAUAUACCGAAUUUAAUGGAAAACAUGUCAUUAUGUUCUAUCCAGAAGUUACCACCGUGUCGGGAAGACGUAUAUACCGAAGUCUUUCGUCCGCCAGUGUCAGAAUUUGCAGUCGCCAAGAUCACCAUACCACCUGGGCAACCAUUUUACAAGUUAAUACCAAGGAGCUCGGUUAGUAUUUUGAUAAUAGUGGAUGGCAAGGCGAAUAUAUCUUCAAAGACCUACUGUCGCGGCUCUGUCCUGUUCAUUCCUGCUAAUGAAGAAAUAAAGAUUGAAGUUUUAUGCUUCUGUCACCCCAUGUUGAUGUUCCAAGCAUUCAUAAACGUUUGAAUGCGAAAUUUUAUUGAUAUACCUCCAUAACGGUUGAUAAAAUGCAAAAUACGACUAAUA